UACUAUCCACUCAUCUUUACUUUCUAUUUUAUAAAGCAGUGUCUGUCCUACAUGGAACCACAAAAUAUAUCACGUGCCCCCGUAUUCCUCCUCAUGGGCCUCUCCGACGAUCCAGAUCUGCAGUACCCUCUCUUUGGAAUAUUCUUGUUCAUGUACCUGGUGACAGUGCUUGGGAACCUGCUCAUUAUCCUGGCCAUCAGCCGGGACAGCAACCUUCACACACCCAUGUACUUUUUCCUGGGUAACCUGUCCCUUGCUGACAUCGCUUUCACCUCCACCAUAGUCCCAAAGACGCUGAAUGUCAUCCACACACGCAACAAUAUCAUCUCCUAUGUAGACUGCCUGUUCCAGUUGUCUUUCUUACAUUUGUUUGGAUGUAUGGACAGUCUGCUCCUCACCGCAAUGGCCUAUGACAGAUACGUGGCUAUUUGUCGCCCCCUGCACUAUCAAACAGUUAUGAACCCCUGUGUCUGCGGUCUGCUGCUUUUGAUAACCAUUUUCAUCAGUCUUUUGGAGUCCCAGUUACAAUGCUUGAUGGUGUCACAUCUUCACUUCUGCACUGAUGUGGAAAUUCCCAAUUAUUUUUGUGACCCUCCACAACUCUUCAGCCUGGCCUGUUCAUUCACCUCAACCAAAGCCAUAUUAGUGUAUUGCAUGGGUGCUGUCUUUGGUGGAGUUCCAGUCUCAUUAAUCCUCCUUUCUUAUGUAAGGAUUGCUUUCUCCAUUCUAAGUGUUCCAUCCUCAGGGGGAAAAUACAAAGUUUUUUCUACCUGUGGCUCCCACCUGUCAGUUGUUUGCUUGUUCUAUGGAACAGGAGUUGGAGUGUACCUCAGUUCAGUUCUCUCUCCUUCUCUCAGGAGAGGUGCAGUGGCCUCGGUGAUGUACACUAUGGUCACCCCCAUGCUGAACCCCUUCAUCUACAGCCUGAGGAACAGGGACAUCAAGAGGGCCCUGCAGAUGCUCCUCAGUAGAACAGUUUCUUUUUAA